AUGAAGAGAAGUCUCGUCUAUUCGGAACGGAGGAAAAUGUUCCUAACGAACGAGGAAUACGCGUCCAGUUCUUCGAGAAAGAAAUUCAGGUUUGACAGCGACUCCGAUUCUUCAGUAACUUUUUCACCAGCUGACAGGAACAAACCUUUUCACCUACAAUCACACGAACCCGGUAGUGACGUGGAUGCUACUUCCAAUAAGGGAUCGACAAGUGACGCUUCAUGGCCGUGGUGCUCCACGCCUGCAGCCACAGAACAAGAGUGUGCCGCGUCGAUAAUAGGGUGUCUGUCCCUUUCGGAUAUUAUGGAAGCCGACCUUUCGCACUCGGAAGCACCGCCAUCUACGACGGAGGAAACGCAGUUAGUUUCACAGUUGCCCCCCGACAAUCCAGAAAGGGAGGAGAAAGAAUCUAUACCAUUUUAAAAAAUAAAUGGUUACUUCUUUAAUGAACAACUUUUUACAUAAAUAACAUAAAAUUUAUAUCAUGUCAACAGAAUAGUACAAAAUAAAAUUAUUUUUCACAUUA